AUGGUCGAGGGUGGAGGAUCUAUUAGGCUGUCAGAAAUUGCGCAUUCAGUUCAUGCUGAGUACCACGAUGGUGGUAGGGGUGGAGGCAGUGAUUUUGUUGCCGGUUUUCUUCUGGGUGGUGCUAUUUUCGGAACAUUAGCUUACGUUUUUGCUCCGCAGAUUAGAAGAUCUCUGCUAAACGAAGAUGAGUAUGGGUUUCGGAGGGCCAAGAGGCCAAUCUAUUACGAUGAAGGCUUGGAGAAGACCAGGCAGACUCUGAAUGCCAAGAUCAGCCAACUCAAUUCUGCCAUUGACAAUGUUUCUUCUCGUCUGAGGGGUGGAAAUAAUGCGCCUAAUGUCCCAAUCGAGACUGAUCCAGAAGUAGAAGCUACCCUCUAGAUGAAUAUGCCUCAUCCGUCGACAAGCUUGGGAGAUGCGCUCGAUGCUUAUUUUGGCUGACAAAAGCAGGGAAGCGGUGGUGGUGUUUCGGAAGUGUAGGCGUGCUCGGAAGGGAAUGAUAAUCCUACUGAUUUCUGUUAAACUCAUUUGGGUUUUUGAUUAUACAUUAUGGUGAGCCGAAGAAGAAAUAUCUGAUACAGCCAGCAUUUUUGAGUUUGCAGCAGAUGCGUUGGACCAAUACUUGAUAUAUGUUCUGUUGUCUUCACCUUGUGGGACUAAAGUUGAGUACAAAAUACCAUUUCUGCAUUUCGACA